AUGUCUUCAUACUACCAGUACAAUCACCAGCCUACCACAGCCACCCCCUCGGUCUCCCACAACCACCAUGGCGGGCGCAACAGGAGAGCACCAAGGCUAUCCGUCUCUCAAAACUCCCACAGACAGUUUCGCGGCGUGCGAAGUAUGAAGGAGCUCACCGAGUCGGCUGCCGUAUCCACCUUCAGAACCAACUUUGAGAGCGGCCGUUCCUUUGACCUGGACGACGACAUGGAGUUCUGCCCCAAACUCCUGACUGAGAGUGAUUUGGUGUCGAUUAGCAGUUCCGCUUCAGACCGGUCAUCUCUGUCCAGCAACUCUCCUCACUCAUCGCCGACGCAACACCCUCAGCAGGUGUCCACGACGUUUUCACUCAACUCGUCGUCGCCGGCCUUCAUUCCUCCCACCUACCACACUCAGCAGUCGACCCUGAAGCUGCACCAGCCCGCUGCCACGCGGACGCGCAACGCUAUUCCCAUCAUCAACCCCGCCAACGGCCUGACGCUGUCUAGCCCCUCCCCGUCGGUGUCGCCUAGCAGAAUGCAGCAACAGCCACUCGGUCGGCGAUGGUAA